CCCUCUCUCUCUCUCUCUCUCUCUCUCUCUUAUACACACAGGAAACCAAUAGUCCCUUGAGAGAACAUCCGAGUAACACUCACACUCAGCCGAAUGGCCUCUCACCACCAUUACAACCACCAUCACAGCCACCACCAACCUCCACCACCUCCUCCUCCUACCCAUUGCUACUGCACCCCCUCUUACCCAUGCUACACCCCCACACCACAACCACAACCACCCCAUCUUUCUCCACAACACGACCACCUCAUACAAACCAUUUCCUCCGUCCUCCUUUCUCCACAACUCAACCACCUCGUACACCACAAUCUCGUACACGACCACCUCGUACACGACAACCUCGUACACCACCCCAAAUCACAAACCCUUCAUCAAAAUCAUCAAUCCACACUCUCUUCUCUCAUUAACCGCAUUGAAUCUCUUGAAUCUUCUCUCAAUCAACAUCAAACCCAUCAAUCUCAAUCUCUCCGUCAUUCUGCUGCACGUGUAAUCCAAACCCAUUUCCGUUCUUUCCUCGUUCGUAGAUCAAGAACACUAAGGAACCUUAAACUACUUGCAUCUAUCAAAUCCUCUUUUAUUGCUAUUAGAUCUUCGUUUUCUACUCAUACCCAUUUCGAUUUUCCAGCUCUUUCUCUCAAAGCUGUUAACUUGCUCAUCAAACUUGAUUCAAUUCAGGACUGUGAUACAAUGAUUGUGGAUGGGAAAAGGUCGAUUAGUAGAGAUUUGGUUCAGUUUUUGGACUCAAUUGAAGAGGUUGCUGCGAAAAAGCGUAUGCAUUAUGUUAAAGCGGUAAAGAGUUCGAGAUCUGGUCAGAAAGUUCAGAGACCAAGAAAACCAGAAGGUGAUGAUGAUGAGAAGAAGAAGCUGUUGAAGAAUUUGAGGGGGAGAGUUGAGAAGAUUAGCAAAUUGUGUAAGGUUUAUGGAGAUGAUGAGGAAGGUUUAGAGAAUGAGGAGAGCGUUCAUGAUGAUGAUGAUGAUUAUGAUGACGAUGGAGUAACUGAUGUUGUGGUCGCUAGAAGGGAUGGGAACAAAAAUGGUGUCUUUGUUCAAAGGCAAGUAAUUCAACCUAGAGUGAAGAAGAGUGUGAGAUUUGCAGAGAAUGGUAAUGUUUGUGAGGUUUAUAGCACAAGAACUUGUGAAUCGGAUGGAAGUUCCUCAAAUGAUGACCAAGGCGAGGUUUUGGAGAAUAGAAAGUUUGCAGUUGUAGAUGUUGUGGACUCUUCUCAGGGUGUUGAAGAUGACGAGGAAGUGCUGGUGGGGGACAGUGGAGGAUCAACACGUAGUAGCGAUGACGGAGAUAUAGUGGCACACCAAGAGAAGAUUCUGUUCUCUGCUCCAUUGCCACUUAAAAUGGAAAGCAGAACUGAUUUGAAGAGUAAAGGCGUGAAAAUUUUGACGUGAAAUGUCAUUACAUUAUAUUCAUGUAAGGCUUUGUCUACCCUUUGAUUUGUAAUGUUUGAUUGGAUUCUAGGACAAUUUGAUUGGACUUAGAUUGUUUGGUAAUUGGUAGAUCUCAUCUGUGUGUCUAAUUGGCAUUUGGUUAUAAAUGGAUUUGUUAUGUUCCACUUCAAUUGGAAUUUAGAUAAGUGUGGUUGGUGUCUAUCUCAUUUGUGUGGUUGCUCUUGUCUAAUGCGGGUGGUCCCUCGGGAUCCUCUCAUGACACAACAUAGUGAAACCACAAGAGACAUUGAGUUGUGGAGCUAUGAUAUGUAGUCAUGACAUGAACUAGAAUAUACUUGCAUGAUUCAGAAGCAAUUCAAAAUUGACAACAU